AUGUUCCACACUCCCCCUCAAACUUUACAAUCUGUGUUGCGAAAGCUACUUGAGCAGCCGCGCCAUUAUGUUGCAGACGUUUGUUUCGAAUACCCACAGGGCAAGAUCUAUGCGCAUCGCGCUAUUAUUCUUGCACGAGCACCACAAGCGUUCACCAACAAGUAUUUAUCACGACUCGUUCUUGAUGCCACAAGCUGUCGAGCUGGUGUCACCUUGUACAGCACACCGAUUGUUCCUUACGGCAUAAUGGAGCAACUUCUCCGAUUCUGGUACACCGCCGAGUUUUCACUUCCUCCUUCAACGGAGCACAAAUCAUCAUCAGCAGCAUCAUCGUACCCUUCAAGUCUAUCAUUGACAAGUACUCAAAGCACCCUAUCAUCCUCGCUUGCAACGGACCAAUUUGAUCUCAUGGAGCGAUCCGAGAUUAUAAAGUCGAUCCAGGAACAUGAACACUAUUUGGGAGUGCCGCUUCUUGCAUUGACAUCUGAGGACCCAAUGGAGCGGUUAGUGGCUGAUAUAAGGGCCAUGUAUGAGCAGCACUUGGCAGCUGAUGUCGUGGUACAUAUCCCCAAUACAACAUCCACCACCAAUGCAGGGAAUGAAACCAACAACAACAUGACGCAUUCGUUUCCAAUACACCGAUGCAUCUUGGCUGCGCAAUCAUCCUAUUUUUAUGGCAUGUUCUGCAAGGAUUUCAGUGAAGCAACCAGCCCCACUGUGCAUUUGCCAGGCGACAUCUUCUCCGCAUCAGCCUUUCGUGUCAUUCUCAGCUAUUAUUAUCACAUCAACACGACACGAUUGUAUCUUCCACGUGAUCAACACCACCAGAUCUCACUUGCUCGAAAGAAACAAAUGCUUCGUCUCUUACAUGAUGCAUUUCGUGGUGUAGAUUACAUGAGCCCCAAUGAAACAGUAUGCACAGCCAUCCUCGACGCCAUGGCAACCCUAUUCCGUGGCCAAUACAAAUGCGUAUGCAACGACUGUGUAGCAUUAUUACCCUUCAUGUGGUGGUUUGCUGAUCAAUACAAGACUCAACACAAAGCAUGUGCAGCUUUACGAUCGAGCUUGCUCACGCUUUAUACCGAUCAACCCCAAUCCAUUGUUCUUCUUUGGCCUUCCAAGUACUUUGCUGUGCUCCUCGACUAUGCACCUUCCUAUGUCAACGAGCUUGAAUCCCAUAUCGACAUCAAAAAGCAGACGGCUGUUCAAUGGCUUGAACAUUUGUACAUGUGCUUGCAACGUAUUCGUGGCAGCGGCAAUAUCCGUACAAGUGCCACCACCAGCAAUCAUCCCGCUUUACCGGUCAUUCAUCGGCUUAUGGAUAGCGCUGUACAAAUGAUAUCAAACGACUUUUGCUUUUAUUGCUUUGAGUAUCCCAUUCUUCUAUCCUAUGUCGACAAGGUGGUCGCUGCUUCUGCUGGGCGACGAAUCUUCCCUCGGCAACAAUCAAAGCACAACGCAGCUGCUGACUUUAUGGAGUUUUUGUUAACGCGUGUUGUACAGCAGGGGAUGAAUGACUCGAAUGCAGGGGAAAUUUAUCAAGGAAUCGUACGUGAUCUUGUGGGUCGACUUGAAGCCAUUGAUGAUCAUCCAGCUUUGCUUGACGCCAAAAAUGAAUCCACAGCCUAUCUCUCCAAACGAUGGCUCGAAGUAAAGGCGCAUGGCGGCUUCUCCAAACUUGAUAGAGAGACUUUGAGGAAGUUGUCGGAAGACAUUGAUGUACCCUAUCGCAACUUGACCAAAUCCAUCGACAGCCGCAUCAAGCACUGGUUUGGAAGCAAAAGGCUGUCCUCCACUUUUACCACCAACAAAAAGGAGAUGCAUCGACAUUCACUUAGCGGUGCUAUUGGCUUUACGCAGAGUCGACUCUCUUUUACUGGAUUCGGUAGACAUUCGCAUGAUACCUUGCCAAGGACAACAACACCAGCAGCACAUCAAAGCAGCAUUGGUCGAGAAACUCCACAACUACCACCACGACAAAAUGAAAAUGGCAGCAAUUUUACUCUCGUUGCAUCAACCACACCUGUCACAUCAUCUCCAUCACCACCCUUACCUACAUUACCUAUAUCACCAUCAUCAUUCAUGGACGCUUUACUUCCACCUGAACCGAUUAUUGAUGAAUUAUCUGAUUGUGAUACAACAAGAUCAUCCUCAGCCACACCCGUGUCAAGAACCACAAACAAUGGGACACCCAAACGAGAAUCACGUUUACGAUUUGAAUUACCUGAUAUUCCACCUCGUUCACCGCCACCUACGCCAUCCAUUGUUCGCACAGCUUCCAUGGUAUCUUCACGAUGUGCACCUGAUACACAUGCUGGUAGUCCUAUUGCCAUUAACAAGUUACGUCGUCGCCGGCGUCGUCGAUCAGCAUCUCCAGAUCCGGCAUCUUUAUCCCCUAUUGCCAAAUUGGGUCAUUGGUGGCGUCAUAGCUGGUUGUUGCAUAGCAACGUGGAUGACAUGGACAACAAUGAUCAUGAACAAGAAAAGCAGAAUGAAAAACCAAUCGAGCCUGUAUUGGGUGCCAAGGUAGAGCUAUUGAGAAGACCCUUGCCCAUGCGAGGUACCAUUCGAUACAUAGGGGAGGUCCAUUUUGCAUUGGGAACCUAUGUAGGCGUGGAAUUGGAGGAUCGAUUGGGGAGCAAUGAUGGGUCAGUGGAAGGGCAUCGCUAUUUUCAUACCAACACACAACGUGGAACGUUUUGCAAGAUUGAUGACUUUAAAAUCAUUUCGCUACCGCCUCAACAUUCGUGA